AUGUAUCUGUCAAGAGCUUGGACCUGUGGAUUAUUUAUUGUUGCAUGGUUGUGUUGUUCUUCACUACUUGUUAGAGCUCAGUAUAUUGGGAUUACCAACCCGGAUGAAGUGAAGGCAUUGCAGACCAUCAAGAGCAGUUUGAUAGAUCCGAAUAAAACUCUGAGUAAUUGGGAUCAAGGAGACCCAUGUACUUCAAAUUGGACAGGAGUUGUGUGCAACAAUACAAUAUCAGACGAUGGAUAUCUACAUGUUCAACAAUUGCAACUACUACAUAUGAAUUUGUCAGGAAGUUUGUCUCCAGCGCUUGGCCAAUUAUCAAAUUUGAAAAUAUUGGAUUUUAUGUGGAACAGCAUAAGUGGAAUAAUACCAAAGGAGAUAGGCAGUAUUACAACUUUGGAACUCUUGCUUCUGAAUGGAAACCAAUUAACAGGUUUUUUACCUGAAGAGCUUGGGAACCUUCCAAAAUUGAACAGAAUACAAAUUGACCAAAACCAAAUAUCAGGACCAAUACCCACAUCAUUUGCAAACUUGAACGCAACGCAACAUUUUCACAUGAAUAACAAUUCAAUCAGUGGGCAAAUCCCUCGUGAGUUAUCUAGGUUACCAAAUCUUUUUCACUUCCUUCUUGAUAAUAACAACUUAUCAGGGUAUCUUCCACCAGAGUUCUCUGAACUGCCACAAUUACGGAUACUUCAACUUGAUAACAAUAACUUCAAUGGGGCUACAAUUCCAGCUUCUUAUAGGAAAAUGUCUAAUUUGCUGAAGUUGAGCCUUAGGAACUGCAGUUUGCAGGGACCAACUCCGGAUUUGAGCCAAAUACCAAACCUUUAUUAUCUAGAUCUCAGUUCAAAUCAGCUAAAUGGAACGAUACCUUCAUAUAGGCUUUCGGGGAAUAUGACAACUAUCUUGUUAUCCAACAAUAGUCUUACUGGGGCAAUUCCCACCAGCUUUUCGUCUCUCCCUCAACUUCAAAAAUUGUCAAUUGCAAACAAUUCAUUGAAUGGCUCUGUUCCAUCUAUCAUUUGGCAAAAUAGUACUUUGAAUGGAAUGAAGAAACUUACAGUGGAGUUGCAGAAUAAUAAGCUUUCAAAUAUUACAGGCAACACUGAUCUAUUUCCAAAUGUCACUGUCUGGCUUCAAGGGAAUCCCUUAUGCUUGAACUCCAGCCUAUCCCACUUCUGUGGAUUCGAACCUGGGGAUGAAAAUAGCAGUCAAAGUUCAACAAAUACAACUUCUGUUUGUCUGGCUCAAGAAUGUGAACCCCCUUUCGAAUAUUCAAAUUCCUCUACAGCUCCAGUAGAAUGUUUCUGUGCUGCCCCUCUGUUUGUUGGAUAUCGGUUGAAAAGUCCUGGAUUCUUAGAUUUUCGUCAAUACAAAGAUAAAUUUGAGGAAUACUUGACAUCCGGUCUUCAAUUGUUUCUCUAUCAGCUGUCCAUUGAAUCUUUUGCAUGGGAAAACGGACAUCGACUGGGAAUGCAAUUGAAGCUUUUUCCUGUGUAUGAUGCUAGCAGUGCUACUAAGUUCAAUAUGAGUGAGGUUCGUCGGCGUCGCAUCUUCGGCAUGUUCACAUCAUGGAAUAUUUCGGAUAAUGACCUUUUUGGACCUUAUGAACUAAUCCGCUUCCCUCUAAUGGGCUUCUAUAAAGAUGAGAAUGACAACUCUCCAAGCUCUGGUUUAAGCAAAGGCGCAUUGGCUGGCAUAGUACUGGGGACCAUUACAGGUGCAGUUACAUUGUCUGCAGUUGUUACUCUACUGAUACUGAGAAUGCAUAUGAGGAAGCACCAUUUAAUUUCAAGAAGACGUCAUUUGUCUAAGGCCUCCAUAAAAAUUGAUGGUACGAAGAAUUUCACUUUUGAAGAAAUGGUCAUGGCUACAAACAACUUUAACAGCUCCACUCAGGUUGGCCAAGGAGGGUACGGAAAGGUUUAUAAAGGCAUUCUAGCUGAUGGUACAGUUGUGGCCAUAAAACGUGCACGAGAGGGAUCCUUACAAGGUGAAACAGAGUACUUGACAGAGAUAGAAUUGUUAUCAAGGUUACAUCAUCGAAACCUUGUGUCUUUGAUUGGAUAUUGCGAUGAGGAAGGUGAACAGAUGUUGGUAUAUGAGUUUAUGUCAAAUGGUACUCUAAGGGAUCACCUUUCUGCUAAGUCUGAAGAACCUCUGAGUUUUGCUAUGAGAUUGACAAUUGCCCUGGGAUCGGCUAAGGGCAUCCUCUACCUACAUACUGAAGCUGAUCCUCCAAUAUUUCACCUAGAUAUCAAGGCUAGCAACAUAUUAUUGGACUCUAAGUAUACGGCAAAAGUUGCUGAUUUUGGACUUUCACGACUUGCACCUGUUCCGGAUAUUGAAGGUGUUGUGCCUGCUCAUGUAUCUACAGUUGUGAAGGGGACACCAGGUUACCUAGAUCCGGAGUAUUUCUUAACUCUUCAACUGACAGACAAGAGUGAUGUUUAUAGUCUUGGUGUCGUAUUUCUUGAACUCCUGACUGGGAUGCAGCCAAUUUCACAUGGCAAAAACAUUAUUAGAGAGGUUAAUACCAUGAAUCAAUCUAGUAUGAUCUUUUCAAUUAUUGAUGGUCGAAUGAGAUCUUAUCCUUCUAAAUGUGUGGUGAGAUUUUUGACUUUGGCUCUCAAGUGUUGUGAAGAAGAAACAGAUGCUAGACCUUCAACAACAGAGGUGGUUCGAGAACUUGAAAGUAUAUGGCAUAUGAUGCCUGAUUCGGACAUUAGAUCAGUAGAUCCUAUGGUCACUGAUGCUGAAAAGGUUGUGACAACUCCAUCAUCAUCUUCUAUUGUGAAGAUUCCUUAUGCAGCAUUUGAUGAAUCUGGCAGUGAACUUGUUAGUGGAGUUGUUCCAACCAUCAUGCCCAGAUAG